AUGCCAAACAUACACAAAGGCCUAAAGGAAAAAAGGUCAUAUGCAACAUAUGAGACUGAAAGCCUUAGCCAAGCUGUAGAUGCUGUUAACAAGGGCAAGUCCUACGGAAAGGCAGCUUAACAGUUUGGGCUACCCAAAACAACUAUAAUUGACCACGUAAAAGGCCGCAUAAAAGAAGGGUCUAAGCCAGGCCGAAGCUGUGGGAGCCAUCCAGCUUUAGAAAAUGAAAUUGUCUUGAGGGUCCUGGAGGCAUCGAAGGCGGGGUUUCCUUAUACAAAACGCAGCCUUCUAGCAAUGAUAGGAAAUAUUGCUAAGCGUCUGGAAAUCCAGACACGAUUCAAAAAUGGGAUUCCUGGAGAAGGGUAUUGGAGUAAAAUGAAAGUACGGCACCCCGAACUGACCAUCCGAAACCCUGAAGCUGUACCUCAGUGUAGAACGACAAUGCUAAACAGCAAUGUUGCUAAGAACUACUUUGAUGACCUGGAGAAACUGUUGGCUGAAUCCCACCUUAUGUCGCAGCCUCACCGCAUUUGGAAUUGUGACGAAACUGGGAUUCAGCUACAGCACAAGCCAACAAAAGUAGUUGCCCAGAAAGGUGUAAGAGGGGUGUCAGCACGUGUGACGGGUCUCGUGACAAUAGCACAGUAUUUGCCACGGUCAAUGCCACUGACUUAUCAGAAGUCUGGGUGGAUGGAAGAUUUUUUGAGAGUCCAAUGGUUCAAACAAGUUUAUCUAAAACAUUUUGGCGAAGAUUGCCCCCAGCUUCUCCUGUUAGAUUCACAAAGCUCCCAUGAGGUUGUGGAUCUGCUGGAAACAGCAAGGAAAGAAAAUAUCCACACAUUUGCCUUACCACCCCAUACGACACACAAGCUGCAGCCGCUAGACAAAUGUGUCUUUGGGCCGUUUAAAAAAUAUUAUGUGGCAGCAUGCACUGAAUUUCUUUCAGAGCACCUGGCAAAUGUGAUCAGUAAAGUCACAUGGACUAAACUUUUCACUGCAGCAUGGAGCCAAGCCUUUUGCCCAAGCACAAUCAAAAAAGCUUUUCAGGCUACCCGAAUCUAUCCGUUUGUUCCACGGUUCUCACAAGAACAAGCACCUCCAACACAAGUGGCAAGCAAUCAAGUUCAACCAAUUGCUUCUGUCUCUCAAGAUAUGGCCAUGUUCGAGCAAGCAUAUGCUCCCUCUGCUCCUGAAACAGUGAUCGACGCGGAUGUCCUCAACACUGACCCAUGGUGGUCACCUCCUGAAUACCAAAAUGAAAGUAUAGGCGAAAUACGUGCUACGGGUGCUAGCGAAAACUUUUCGGACAUCUUAAAGCUUGCCAUGGACAUAAGUGGCAUCGAAGAGGAAGCCGUUGACCUAGCUGCAAGUGGAAGUGAAAACAGAAUGGUGGAAACUGUGCUGGAAACAAAUGAGAGAUGGUUGGCGGAAUUAUCAAGUGUUUUUGAUAAACCAGUCUUGCCAACGGCGGAAAAAAAAAAGCUCAGCACAAUAACAAUACAUAAGUUGUUGACUAGUGAUGAGGUAAUUGGAAUGAAGCAAAAGCAAGCCGAGGAAAAGGAAAGCAAGUUAAAUGAGAAGAAAAGACGUGCAGAUAUGAGAAAAGAGAAGGCUGCAAAAAAAAAUAAAAAAUUAAUGAAGUGUU